UUUCCGUGAUUACGCAUGCCGGAGAUGACCGAGAAACUUCGAUUGAGGAAGUUCAGGAAGAGACUGUCUGCACCUCUUAUGUAUCGCUAUUUUGUCGUGAUUUUUCGACAUUUCGGCAUCUGUGGCUAUCAUCCGAUGAACGCAACAUUUUCGGAUAUGUUCGGAUAGCGUAAACAGUGCAGGUUUAAUAUCUAAAUAUAUUUGCAUCCUUCAGUGUACAUUCAAGUUUAAAAAAAUCAAAGUCUUAUCAAUCAGUGCAUGAGUACUGAUAACAAUUACUCAUUGCAUACAGUCGCAUGCAGGAUAGUGAAGUGUUACUUUCUAGAUUCAUUUUACCGGAUUCCAAUUUCUAGAAGUGUUUAGAAUGUCUUUGGCACGUGUAAGGACCAUCGUGUCCACGAACUGGCUAAAGGAACAGAUCUCCACGAGGACAAAACCGUCACGACAAUUACGUAUUCUGGAUACGGCCUUUUCAUUUGACAGAGAUGUGGACUCGUACAAGGAUGGUUAUCAAAGAGGCCAUAUACCACAGUCCCUGCAUUUCAACAUCUUCCAAUGCACGCAGAGCACGCCUGAAAUCUCGGUCAAUCUGCCUGAUCUCAACUGUUUCACGGAGUAUGUCCGGGAUCUCGGGAUUUGGCCGGACACACACGUCGUGACGUAUCAUCAUGACCUCCCGCUCUCUGCCUUCAGAACGUGGUGGAUGUUCAGGCUAUUUGGUCAUCGGAAUAUUUCGGUUCUUGAUGGUGGUAUAACAAAAUGGCAGAAAGACGGCUACGAAAUAACGACAGACGAGCCUAUAAUUGAGCGGUCAGAUUUUGUUGCAAAAAUGGACAAGAGUCUAUUACGUAAUUAUGAGGAUGUCAUCAGAAAUUACAAAACAAAAGAGGAACAAAUUGUGGAGGCUAGAGUUAAAGAUCACCCAACAAGAAUUGACGAGGAAACGGGGGGUACCCUGAAAGGUGCUCAAACCGUUGGCUAUGAUGAUUUGUUUGCUGAAGAUGGAACAAUGAAGUCGGAAGCUGAACUAAAGAAUAUGUUCGACGCUGCUGGUGUUGAUGUAGCUAAGCCCAUGUUUGUGACAUGUCUGCGUGGCAUGACAGCGUGUGGAACGGCGGCAGCAGCUCGGAUACUCGGGAAGGACGACGUACCCAUAUACUACGGUUCGUGGAACGAAUUCCGAGUGAGAGCACCAGACAAACUGAAGGUAAUGGCGAAGAAAACAUAAGUGCUUACGAAUGUUUCAAUACGAAAAAUAUGCGUACUAUAAGAGAACUGGUACAUAUAUAGUGCCAUUUGAUGGAAUAGUUAGUAGUGCUAUUGUAGACGUGAAUUUUUAGUGAUUCCAAGGAUAUCGUGUUCACGUAUUGACUUUAUUUGUGUAUAUAUCGUUUCUCAUUGAGCGUUUUACAUACUGGAAGUUUAGUACUUUUUAAGAGAGAACACGAUAACGAUUCUUUCCCAAAAUAGCCAACAAUUCGUUCUGUUUAUAAAUAUUGUUGCAUGUGUAAACACGGAAAUAAAGCAAUGACGUCACUAUU